AUGGGUGAUGAGGACAGAGACCCUGGCUGGGCCUCCAUCAGCAGAGGGGUGCUGGUGUGUGACGAGUGUUGCAGUGUGCACCGGAGUCUGGGACGCCACAUCUCCAUCGUCAGGCACCUUCGCCACAGCGCCUGGCCUCCCACUCUGCUGCAGAUGGUGCACACGCUGGCCAGUAACGGGGCCAACUCCAUCUGGGAGCACUCCCUGCUGGACCCCGCGCAAGUGCAGAGUGGCCGGCGCAAAGCCAACCCCCAAGACAAAGUCCACCCCAUCAAGUCUGAGUUCAUCAGGGCCAAGUACCAGAUGCUGGCGUUUGUGCACAAGCUUCCCUGCCGGGACGAUGACGGCGUCACCGCCAAAGACCUCAGCAAGCAACUGCACUCGAGCGUGCGGACGGGCAACUUGGAGACGUGUCUGCGCCUGCUGUCCCUGGGUGCCCAGGCCAACUUCUUCCAUCCGGAGAAGGGCACCACCCCUCUGCAUGUGGCUGCCAAAGCCGGGCAGACCCUGCAGGCCGAGCUGCUCGUAGUGUACGGGGCUGACCCCGGCUCCCCCGACGUGAAUGGCCGCACACCCAUUGACUAUGCCAGGCAGGCGGGACACCAUGAGCUGGCUGAAAGGCUAGUGGAGUGCCAGUAUGAGCUCACUGACCGGUUGGCCUUCUACCUCUGUGGACGCAAGCCUGAUCACAAGAAUGGGCAUUACAUCAUCCCACAGAUGGCUGACAGAUCUCGGCAAAAGUGCAUGUCUCAGAGCCUGGACCUGUCAGAGCUGGCCAAAGCAGCCAAGAAGAAGCUGCAGGCGCUCAGCAACCGGCUGUUUGAGGAACUGGCCAUGGACGUGUAUGACGAGGUGGAUCGGAGAGAGAACGAUGCGGUGUGGCUGGCGACCCAGAACCACAGCACCCUGGUGACGGAGCGCAGUGCCGUGCCUUUCCUGCCUGUGAACCCCGAGUACUCAGCCACGCGGAACCAGGGGAGACAGAAACUGGCUCGUUUUAAUGCUCGGGAGUUUGCCACCUUGAUCAUCGACAUUCUCAGCGAGGCCAAGCGGAGACAGCAGGGCAAGAGUCUGAGCAGCCCGACAGACAACCUGGAGCUCUCCGCUCGGAGCCAGAGCGACCUGGACGACCAGCAUGACUAUGACAGCGUGGCCUCCGAUGAGGACACGGACCAGGAGCCCCUGCGCAGCGCCAGCACCACCCGGAAUAACCGAGCCCGGAGCAUAGACUCCUCAGACCUGUCUGACGGGGCCGUGACGCUGCAGGAGUACCUGGAGCUGAAGAAGGCCCUGGCCAGCUCCGAGGCCAAGGUGCAGCAGCUCAUGAAGGUCAAUAGUAGCUUGAGUGAUGAGCUGCGGAGGCUGCAGAGGGAGAUCCACAAGCUGCAGGCAGAGAACCUACAGCUCCGGCAGCAGUCGGGGCCUGUGCCCACCACCCCCCUGCCCAGCGAGAGGGCUGAGCACACAGCCAUGGCCCCCGGGGGCAGUUCCCACCGCAGGGACCGCCAGGCCUUCUCCAUGUAUGAGCCAGGCUCCGCCCUGAAGCCCUACGGGGGUCCCCCUGGAGACGAGCUCACCACGCGGCUCCAGCCUUUCCACAGCACGGAGCUGGAGGAUGACGCCAUCUAUUCCGUGCAUGUGCCCGCCGGCCUUUACCGGAUCCGGAAGGGGGUGUCCACCUCAGCGGUGCCCUUCACGCCCUCCUCCCCGCUGCUGUCGUGCCCCCAGGAAGGAAGCCGCCACGCGAGCAAGCUUUCUCGCCACGGCAGCGGUGCCGACAGUGACUAUGAGAACACGCAGAGUGGGGACCCACUGCUUGGCCUGGAAGGGAAGCGGUUUCUGGAGCUGGGCAAGGAGGAGGACUUGCACCCCGAGUUGGAGGGCCUGGAUGAAGACUUGGACCCUGGGCUACCCAGCACAGAGGAUGUCAUCCUGAAGACGGAGCAGGUCACCAAGAACAUUCAGGAAUUGUUGCGGGCUGCCCAGGAAUUCAAGCAUGACAGCUUUGUGCCCUGCUCAGAGAAGAUCCAUUUGGCUGUCACUGAGAUGGCCUCUCUCUUCCCAAAGAGGCCGGCCCUGGAGCCAGUGCGCAGCUCCCUGCGGCUGCUCAACGCCAGCGCCUACCGGCUGCAGAGCGAAUGCCGGAAGACCGUGCCCCCCGAGCCGGGCGCCCCUGUGGACUUUCAGCUGCUGACACAGCAGGUGAUCCAGUGCGCCUACGACAUCGCCAAGGCUGCCAAGCAGCUGGUCACCAUCACCACCCGAGAGAAGAAGCAGUGACCACUCCCCACACCCUCACCCUCACGCUGGGACCUCAUUGGCCUUGGGAGCUAGGCCACUCCAGACACUAACCCCACCCCAACAGAGCCACUGGCACAAGUGCCCUUCGUGCCGCCAUGCUCCCUGGCAGCCAGGCGCCCCGGCCCGCCCCCUGAAGCCCCAAGUGUGGGAGGUGGGGUGGCAGGUGCUUCUGUCCCCCACAUUCCGUUCCCCCUCCCUGUACAUAGCCUCCUCUCCCCCUUCCUUUUAGUGUGCAGGGGCCCGUGAGGCAUCUCUCCCAGCCCCUUGCCCUCCGGGGCAUCCUCAACAAAGGGUCAGGGUGGGGCCCUCCAAGUGGGGCAGCUCCCCUUCCAUGCACCCCCCAUGAGCCAGUUCAGCCCUGCUGGGGCUGAGCGGGGGCACCCCCUCCUAUGUACAGAAUCAGUGGAUGUCCCUGCCCUGUGGCCACCAGCCCCUGCUGCUCUCUCUCUUUCAUGCCAAAUGGCCCCCACCCAUGUGCUGGGGUCCCCAGCAGCAAACACUGGAAAGUCUUUUUAUUUUUUCCCUCUCCUCCCACUUAAUUUUAACUUUGUGGUAACUGAGUGUCCCUGCGUGCCUGCGUGAGUGUGCGGGGCGGCGGUGCCGUUCCAGAGGCCUGGCCCGCCUGGGUUCUGUGGGGAGUGGCAGGCUGGAGCAGGGACCAGCAUUGGGGAUCAGCCUCCCUCUUCCCCACCCUGGGGCCAGCUAUGGUCCUACCGGCUGACCCGCCCCCUCUUCCACACACCCUCUUGAGGAACUUCAGUGGACACCACUUCCUGACAUCUCCCCCUACCCACCACCUUCCCCCAUGCAAGGGCCAGCCAGCAGGGGCUGGUAACUGAGCGCCUGAGCUUGGGGCUGGCUCCCCAGGCUCCCCCAUUCAGCUAGUGGGUGUGAACCCCAAGACCCUGUCACCUUGGAGAGGCCAGCACCUGCACCUCUGCUGUGGCCCCACCCCCUGGAAGCCCCAGCGCCUGGGCUGGGCAGGCAGCACACACCAGCUACCCCCUGCCCCACCUUCCCAGGGGCCAGGCCCUAUCUGUGUGGUGGUGGGUGGGCUGACUGUCCAGAUAUGUGUCAUGUACAUUUGUAUCAAAAAUAAAUAAGUGACCACGG